AUGGACUUAUUGAAGCAGUUCAUAGCAUAUUGUGGUGGCGCCAUUGAAAUGGAAUUGUCACGUCAUCUGAAAGAAAUGUCUGGAAAAAUCGUAGGCAAAGAGCAAUUCUUCUGGAAAGCUUUCGCUAGAAUGUUUGAGGUUCGUUGA